AUGAAGCGGGCACGAAGCAGAAGAGGGAAGGCGGAUCAAAGUGUUAGUCCUCCGCGACGACGGGUUGAAGCACAUGCUUCCGAGGAUGUGUCGGAGGGGCAGUCAAAACAUCGACAAAGGGACGACGACACGGGGCUGUUGACAGCAGCUCAGCGGGAAUCGCGCGGUUUUGCGUACGUGCGGGACGCCAGUGAAAACACAUCGUUGCCUAUGGAGACACCAGGCGCCAUGGAGGGUGAGCCCACCGCACCGUUGCCCUCUGUGAAGGGAGCCGUCCCAAGUAAUGCUGAUGAAGAGGGCGAGGAGUUUGUGUCGCCAUUUGGGGCGCGGUCUUUAACGCGUGGGUUUUCCCAUUUACGAGAGUCCAUUUCCUUUGCAUUGCCACGACUCCGUGGGAGUGAGCAUAGGGUUAGCAUUUCACGCGGCGGAAGUGUUCUUUUGCCUCUUUCUACGCCCCCCCAUGAAUCUGCGUCGGGUAGCAGCAUUUCAUCGUCACACUCACUGCGUGUGAGCCGAGGAAACAACCAACAUGCUCAACAACGACAACAACAACAACAACAACAACACCAUCAGCAGCAGCAGCAGCGGCGGCGGAAGUAUCAUAAUCACAGGGUUAAUGGGAGUGAUCAGAGUUUUCUAAGCACGCGCAGUGCUAUCGAAUACCUCAACAGCACCGGUUCCUUGGGCGGAGUGCUUUCUUCGAGGGAAAGCAGGCGGUCAAGUCAGGCCACGGGCUCUCACCACUCCCAUUCAAAAUCAACUUUAGGACCAAUCGAUCUCUCACCCAUAUUGAAGGAGAGAAAACGUCAAAGAAGGCGUGCCGCUCCUCGUGGCGGCGUUGAAGCCAAUGCUCUUAAUGGCGGUAAUAAUAAUAGUGGCGGUGGCGGUGACUUCUCCACGCGUCGACCGCCUCUGAAUGGGUUGCCGAUCGAAGUACCGGCGGCGAUGAUGAAUCCAGCUGAUAUAGAAGUAAGAAAUUCACGGAGUUUGGCGUUAGAGGCGUUUCAUCACUCGAUGGCGCGCUACUCACGUGCGACAAAUGUUUUUCUCAUAACUUGUUUAUUUGUUUUUCUUUGGGGACUGCUGGCCGCGCCGCUUUUAAUACAGCAAACUGGUCCUGAAGACGUCUUUGUGCGACACUACGUGGACUCCGUAUCCGAGUUGCAUUUUAUCUAUGAGGUGCCUUACAUGUCUCUCAGCUUUCACGAGGCGAGGCGUUUGUACCUUCGCGUCUUGAGCGAAACAUUGGAGCGUCUCGAGCGAGCCACCUCACACAUGAGGCCCCCCGAUACAGAUGUCAAGGCGCAGAUCCUGUACUACAAGCAGAUGAUAAGGGCAUAUUUGGCUCUCAGACAUCGUGCACGACUUUAUGCACGUAGUCGUGACCGAAGUCGUUUAAAUCAGUUUGUGUUUAACCCUCUACGGGAUGUCUGGUAUUAUGGGAUUUUAAGAAACGGUUUUAAGAUGACGUUGUACGAGUUAAUUUUAGAGCCUUCAUUUUCCCUUUUUUUGGCGCGAGUGAAGGAUAUUGCUCUGUGCCUUCGUCAGGACGAGAAGUUGCCGUGCCCAACACUAGCGUACCUGGAGGAACGGGAGAAAAAACAGCGGCAGUGGGAGGGGGUUGGGGAAACUCAGCCUGACAUUUUGACGAACGAUGCGGUGAAGGAUUCGAGUUUAUUCCAUGAGGAAAAGGCAGUGGAGGAGUUGCGACGUCUAAACCGGACGUUGAACUAUGUGAAGGAGAGUUGUCGCCAAAGUAACCGCGAGUACAAUCAUCUGUACACUAUAGACAACACUCAGUCGAUGUUAUGGUGA